AGCACUUCCGGCGGAACGGGUGUGACCGGCACCGCCCCCCGGGCGGUUCUGCACCCGCGCAGAGGCGUGUCCGGCCUGCGCACGCGCCCUCCUCACGGCGCCGUCUCCAUAGCGACCCGGGACGCAGCCGCCAUGAUCCCGCCGCCGGACUCGCUGCUGCGCUACAACCCGCCGGUGCUCGUCACCCGCCGCACGGAGAAGCGCUCCGCGGGGGCCCACCCGCUGAAGGGGACCCCGCCAACGCCCGCCGCCGCCGGGCCCGUCCCGCCGCCGUCCCGCACAGCGGCCGUCGCCGAGAAGCCGCCGCAGGAGCUGCUCAACGCCAUCCUGCCGCCGCGGGAGUGGGAGGAGGACACGCAGCGCUGGGUGCAGGAGGUGUCCAGCACGCCCAGCACCCGCGUGGACGUGGUGCAGCUGCAGGAGCUGCUGGACCUGCGGCUGCGGCAGCGCCAGGCGCGGGAGACCGGGAUCUGCCCCGUGCGCAGGGAGCUCUACGCGCAGUGCUUCGAUGAAUUGAUCCGUGAAACUACAAUCAACUGUGCAGAGCGAGGGCUGUUGCUGCUCCGCGUCAGGGACGAAAUCCGGAUGACAAUCGACGCUCACCAGACGCUGUACGAGAGCAGCGUCGCGUUCGGCAUGCGGAAGGCUCUACACGCCGAGAAAGGCAAAGCUGACUUGGAAAAAACAAUUGCAGAGCUACAAGAGGAAAAGCGGGAACUGCAAAGACAAGUGAAUGAGCAGAAAGCGAAAUGUGAAGCUAUCGAAAAACGUGAAAGCGAAAGGCGACUGAUAGAAGAGAAAAAACACACCGAAGAGGUUCAGCUCCUGAAACAAAUAAAUCAGCAGCUGAAGGCCCAACUUGAAAGCAUCCUUGCACCAGCUAAGUAGUUUUUUGUUGUCCUCCAGGCAGUGCUCAGAAGAGCUGGCAAAGCAAGAAGUUUGCAAUUAGUGGCAAACAUUUGUCUUCAUAAAACAAUCUUGAAUUUUCACUUACCGGUAACUGUAAUUGUAUUCUUUCAUCCUUUUUCUCUUCAAGAGCUUUGUUAAUUACUGCACGAUCUUUCAGUGCCACCUUUGCAUUCAACUCCUUUAGCAGUGAAGCUGAGACUGGCCUGGUGGUAAUACACUAGAUGACCUUCAAAGCAAUAAACUAAUACAUAUUUUUAUAUGCAAGCAUCUCUGUAACAUUAUUACUUUGAAAAUGCAGAAAAUUCAGAAACAAUAUAUAAAGUGUCCACUAGAAACACAAGUCACCUUCACCGAGAAUCGAAUGGCAGGUAAUCUCAGACAGGUAUUUGGAGGGUAUUUCCUUGAGUAGGUGUGAACCGUACAUCCAAAUCCCUGUCAGAACCGUUGGUGGUCACCUCGGAUGGGCAACACGAUUGUUCCCCAAGAAAUGAGGGUGCGACACCAUUCCAAGCAUCAGCUUUUCAGUGGAAGUGACUGAAAUCGUUACUUGAGGUACCUGUGUGACCAGCUGGUUGUAUGCAGCAAGCAGAAAGAGAACUGGCUGCAGGCACAUGAAAAACUCACAAAACUAGUUUCCAGGAAGAAAAAAAACCCCAACAAAACUACCACCACUGAGCACUUCAGGAUAUGUUCUGCCAGUGCAGUGUUCCUGGCCUGAGAUGGCGAUGUGGAAAUACCAUCAUCUCCAGUUGCAUAAAGGACUUUCAGAUGAUGCAGAAACAAAGAGGGAGAUGCUACUCCUGGGAACAAGACAAGUCAAACCAGGCUUUGAAUGGGAACUGCAAGUUUUAUAUUAAAAAAAGCCACUGCAUACUAGAGCUGUUUUAUGUAAAAUUUAAUAGAAUAAGCAGUUACUGCCUGUGUUUGUAUUUUUUGUGCUUUGAUCUCUGUCCCUCCAAGCCAGUUUUUUUCUUGUUCUUAUUCUUAUUUUUCACGUUGUGAGUUUCAUAAUACCGGACUCCGACUUUCUUGGAGCGCUGCUGCCUCUCAGCUCGUCUUCUCUGCAAAUACACACAAAACGCAUUAGUAAAUCCUCAGUAUCCACAGCCUGAAUUUGUUUGCGUUAUUUCAUGUUGUUCACUUUGCAUUCCGCACGCUUUAAGUAAAAUAAUUUGAAACAAAACGUUA